AGAAGAGUGGAAGCAACGGCGUUGAGUCUGUCUGCAAGGCGGCAGCAGCAGCAGCAACAACAACAACAACAACAACUAUUAUUCAUUAUUAUCCGUUCACGCAAGUCGGGAGAAGGCAAAGAAGAAUCGCUUGCUCUAUGCUGGGAGGUUUUUAUACAGACUGAUUUUUUUCAUCCACACGUUUGGAGCAAAAGAAGAGCAAGAGAGGGCGUGAGGGUGGAAAUGGCAGACCACAUGAUGGCCAUGAACCACGGGCGCUUCCCCGAUGGAACCAAUGGGCUUCAUCACCAUCCUGCGCAUCGAAUGGGAAUGGGUCAGUUUCCUACCCACCACCAUCAGCAACAGCAACAACACGCCUUCAGUGCCUUGAUGAGCGACCACAUACAUUAUGGAGGUGGAAAUAUGAAUGCAAACAGUGGGAUCAGGCAUGCCAUGGGGCCAGGAAACGUGAACGGGGGGCAUCCUCCCAGCAGCAUGCCACCCACGGCAAGGUUUAACAAUUCCCAGUUCAUGGCUCCUACAGUUGCCACCCAAGGGGGGCCCUUAACAGCUAGCAUGCAGUUGCAAAAGCUGAACAACCAGUACUUCAGCCACCAUCCUUACCCUCACAACCACUACAUGCCGGACUUACACCCUGCCAACCAUCAGCUAAACGGAGCGACCCAGCAUUUUCGGGACUGCAACCCCAAGCACGGUGGCGGCGGCGGCAGUGUGUCUGCCUCGGUGCCCCACGUCCCUGCAGCAAUGUUGCCUCCCAAUGUCAUAGACACUGACUUCAUAGACGAGGAAGUCCUUAUGUCCUUAGUCAUAGAAAUGGGCUUGGAUCGCAUCAAGGAGCUUCCUGAGCUCUGGUUGGGACAGAACGAGUUUGAUUUCAUGACAGACUUCGUUUGCAAACAGCAGCCCAGUAGAGUGAGCUGCUGACUCCUUGCAAAACAAAGGACUUUUUUAUCUGUAUGAAUGAAAAACAUUCCCUCUCUAGACACAGUAUUUCAAAGGCUUUUAGGAGCUUGAGUAUCUGGGAAGCAGAGUAAACUAUAAGCUUGUAUAAUUUUUUUCUUUUUAAUUUGCUACUUCUUUAUUUUUAAGCUUGGACACUCAUUUCUGCCCUCCCUUCCCUAUAAUAUUUUUUAAACUGAUUCAGUCUUUAGUAUUUCUCAGCCCCCCUCUCUCUCUCUGCUUAAUUUUCUCACUGGUAACAUGCCAAUUAUUUCAAUUGUUAGAUAUGAAUAUUGGCAAAGUGCUUAAUCUUGUGGAUUUUCUGUAGGCUAUCAUUUCAAAUGACUAGAACUGCAUUCAAAUUCUGAGUUAAAGGACAAAAAAAUAUUGCAUUAGUUGGUUGCAUGAACUUCAGGGUAGAUUCCUGCACAAAUACUGCCCUCUUGCUUUGUUUUUAACUAUGCAUUGCAGUGAUGCUAAUUUUUUAGUCUGCUAAACUGGAAGCUUAACAAAUAUGGGCCAAACCUUCUGUGAUCAGGAAAAAUAAUACUGUUACUUAAAUUCUGCUGUCUGUUCCCCUCCCCCACUCCCCCAUCUGUACAGACAAUAACAUAAGUGUGAAUGGAAUGGUCUCUAACUGUUGGGAAAACAUUUCACUGGUCUUCUACUUUUAUUUUGGUUCUGGUUCUAUCUUCAGAAUAUUUUUAUUUUGGCAUUGUGCUUACAUAGUUUAUUCAGUACAGGGGGGAGGGAAACUACUGUGUUGAAAGCUUUUUAGGAAAUUUGACAGUAUUUUUGUACAAAAUCUUUUUUGAGAACAUACUUGUUAAUUUAUUCUAUUUUAAUUUGCCAAUGUCAAUAAAAAAAGUUAAGAAAUGCAUUAAUUUUUCCAAGGUAUCGAUUACCAGGAUAUUUUUUUCUUGAAUUUAUUUCUCUUCUCACCUCCACCCCCUUCCACAAUAUUUGAUACAUAUAACCCAUUUAACUUGUUGAGCUGUUGGGUUGUGUGAAGCAUUCUGAAGGAAAAUCUACUUGACAUUAUUGUAUGCUAUAUGUCAUGAUCAGUGCAGAAAGUAAAAAGGAUUUAAGCCUAAUUAUGACAUCACAGUCUCAUAAGUAACAUUGUAACAUGCCUGUGUGAAUUUAUCAAAAGUGAAAAUGCCAAAAGGCAACAACUUUGUGAUUUGCCAACUUACUUGCUUUAAAUGUAGUUGUUCAGAAUUAUGAUGCAUAAAGUAUUUAUUCUAUUUAUCUAUUAAACUUUAAUUUUAUAAAUACUCUCA